AUGGGAGAGGAGGAACAACUAGAACGUUUCCAAAGCAGGAACAACAUAAUAGUUUAUGGAGUCUCUGAGAGCCAGUCGGAAGAAGCUGAGAGUAGGAAAACACACGACAAGAUGAAGUUGAUGUUAGUGGCGGCAGUGGGCGUGGUCUUGGCGAUAGGUUACGACACGCCCACCUGUGACGAACGCCAGACCAUCGUUCACCUGUUUGAGUGGAAGUGGUCUGACAUUGCUGCCGAGUGUGAGAGAUUCCUGGGUCAGGCCGGCUACUGUGCUGUCCAGGUGUCGCCGCCCAUGGAACACGUGUUGGCUUCAGAGGACGGGUACCCCUGGUGGCAGCGCUACCAACCAGUUUCCUACCAGCUGGAAUCUCGCUCAGGCACCAGGACCGAGUUUAUUGAUAUGGUGCAGAGAUGUAACGCUGUCGGUGUGAGGUGAGAGAUGAGAGGUGGGCUG